GGAGUUACGGGUUGGAAGUUUGUUUGUUUGUUUUGACCCUCAGCAGUCGCCGUAGUGUACGGUGGCAUAAUGGCGCCUGUGAUCUGACUGACUGCAAACUUUUUUUUUUUUUUUUCUGUCCGUGUCAAACUUCAGGGACCUGAAAUGUCUUUAACUCGGAGGACAGCCGCUUCCAGCAGGAUGCGGGUCAUGCGUGUUUUAAACCCCGCAUCAGAUGAAGCAAACGUCGGGGUGAUGUGAACGUUAGUUGACGGUUGGAGUUAGCUCCUCGUGUAGCCUCCCGACAAGUUCCAGCCGUUGACGCGCGUGACUUAACGGUUAAAGUUUUUGAAUUUAAAAAAAAAGUUUUUAAUAUAUUUAAAACAAAAACAAUGUGUCGCUUCCUCCGCUACUGUGUCAGCCACUGCCUCCACGCAGCGAUGACCCGGCUGGAUGAGGUGAACGCCGAGGUGAGCAUGUGGUCGUCCGUCCGGUGUCUGGGCUACUUCUCCAGCCUCAACCUGCUGCUCGCCCUGUGUCUGGGGCUGUACGCCCGGUGGGAGAGGACGGCAGAGACCGCCGUGGUCGUCUUGUUCGUGUUGGCUCUUGUCGUCCUCGGCGUGGCCAGUUUGCUCUUCUACUACUUGGACAUGCCUCACCUGAGCCGCGGCGUGCCUCACCUGUUGUUCGGCUUCCUGCUGGGGCUGCUGUGUUUCCUCAGCAGUCCGGCUCUGGAGGCUGACGUGAAGGAGCAAGCUGCCAGCUACCUGCUGCUGGCCCAUGUGGCUCUCAGGACGCUGUGGGCGCUGCUGGACCGGCUGUUCGGGUUCACCAGGUACCGCCCUGCCUUCCUCACUUCGGCCGAGCAGCUGGAGCUGCUGGGCUUUGCGGCAGCCAGCACCGCUCUGCUCAUCGAGAAGUCCUUCAGCAUGAUGGUGCUGGUGGGGUCACUGGCCGCCGUCAUGGUCAGCCUACGCAUGAAGGUUUUCCUUGCGAUCCCCAACCUGGUCUGCUUCGCCGACAUCACCGCCGUGCUGUUCUUCAGGUCCCUGAGCAUCUCCACCAACCCCUUCGCCCUGGCCUGCUUCUUCAGCCGGCUCAUCUGCGACCCUCUGCUGGACUUCUACUUCAGCGGUCUGUCUGUGACCGAGCGCUGGCAGACCUUCCUGGUGUGGAGGGGCCUGUGGCGCCGGUUGUCCCUGCUGCCUCUCCUGGCUGUGGAGGUGACCUUCAUCGUCCUGGCUGCUCGGAAGCUGACACACCUGGACCGGUGGUACCUGCUGAUCCCGCUCUUCAUGGUGGCCGCGUUCUUCUGGGCCAUCUGCCACGUGGUGUUCGUCAUCACCCUGUGGGGCUUUCACACCAAGCUCGGCGACUGCCAGAGGGUGUGCCUGUCCCAGGGGUUAGGCGGCAAUGGCCUGGACAAGAUCAUGGCCUCGAAGGGCAUGAGGCAUUUCUGCCUCAUCUCCAAACACCUGGUGCUCUUCACGCUGGUGUCAACCGCUGCUGUUGCUACUCUCUGCUGGCAGGCCUCCAGCAGUAUAUUUGUGGGCACGUUCCUGCUCGUCCUGCCUCUGGAGUCUCUCUUUCACGGCCUUUUCCACGAGCUCGGGAACAGCCUGGGAGGAACCUGCGUGGGCUACGCUGUGGUCAUCCCCACCAACUACUGCAGUCCCGACGGUCAGCCCAUGCUGCUGCCUCCCGGCCAGGUGCAGGAGCUGAACAGGCGCACUACAGGCAUGUUGACCAGCGUGCAGCGCUUCUUCGCCCACCACCUGAUCGAGGCGUUCGGCUGCGACUAUUCCACCAGCGGCGUGACCCUGGAGGCUCUGCAGGCCAAGAUCAAAUCCUUUUUGGAGCUCCGCACGGCUGACGGACCUCGCCACGACACCUACGUGAUCUACUACAGCGGCCACAGUCACCGCACCGGAGAGUGGGCGCUGGCAGGUGGAGACACUCUGCGUCUGGAUCAGCUCUUGGACUGGUGGAGGGAGAAGAACGGCAGCUUCUGCUCGCGCCUCAUCCUGGUGCUCGACUGUGAAAACUCGUUGCCGUGGGUGAACGAGGCGAGGAGGGUGAAGGAGCUGUACGUGGCCGUGCAGGGAGCGUCGUUCGCCCGAACGACGGACGUCGAGCUGCGGGAGUCGCCGCAGCUCGGAGACUUCACCUCCGAGUGGGUGGAGUACAACUGCAACCCGAGCAGCAACAUCCAAUGGUGCGCGAGCGGGAGGGCGGUUUCCGCCGCCUACGGCGUCUCCGAACACUGGAGCGACUACACGCUGCACCUGCCGACGGGAAGCGACGUCACCACCCACUGGAGCAUGUACUUCCCGCGGGUGACGUACCCGGUGGUUCAGUUGGCGCUGUGGAGCAGCAGCCUGAACCUGCUGUGGCUCUGUAGCGUUUGCCUGCGAUGUCUCAAGAGAGUCAAACUCAACUGGUUCCCACCAGCGAUACUGGACACUGGACAAGGCUUCAAACUGGUCCGAUCAUAGAAAUAUAUAAAAAAAAGGCUUUUUUUAAUGUUCAGAAUAUAUUUUCUAAACGAGUUUCUGACCCUGAAAGCAGGCAGCUAUCGGAUUGUAAACUUAUUUCAUCCUAUCCUGUUUGUUGCUGAAAAACUAAUCACUCAAGUUACUGAUUACAUUUUGAAAUUUUGUCUUUUUUUAGUACCGGUUUUUAUACUCUUGCGUGUUUUUAAGCUUUAGAUUUAAAGAUCUUACGUCGGCGUGGGAUGAGACUGAGCACGCCGACUUUAUUUUGCACAUUUCUGCAUCGUAUUUUACUGUUCGAUGAGAUUCCGCCUUUGAUUCGAAGAACGUUUUGAGUCGUGCCUUUUACCAGAAAACCACCAAAAAAAAAACAUCAGCUACCUAAGCCGAUCUUUCGAACCUUAAACCAAAGUGGCCGCGGUGCAUUUUUCAGACAUCUCAGGCGUAAACGAUGUUUCUAGAGCUCCAAAUGUUUUAUUGCUCGUGUGUUUUUGAUUCUACAAUGAUUCCUUUUUACACUGUGCUCCUCUAUGCAUUUCUCCGCUCCGAGCUUUGAUCAUAGACACUUUGUGUUUGUCGUAGCGACGUUUUCGUAAAAGCUUUUAGGGGUUAUUUAUAAAAGACACUCCAGCUGCUUCAGGGAUUCCAGAGAGAUUUUAACGUACUGACGAAUGCACUACAAGCAGAGACGCGUGAGGACUUGGAUAUUUAUGUUAGAGUACACCUCAGAAAAGUGAACACAUCUCACUGAGAUGGUUUUCUUCCUGUGGUUUAUUGAAGUUUACUGGGCUAUGCAAGUUUAUUCUAAUCAGUUUCAUGUUUGUGGUGAGAAAAUCAGGUGAGGCUAUGCAAUAAAGGGGAAGUGAGACGUCACUUCUGAAAUCCUAAACUGAACGCCUCCUCAUUGUUACGUUCUGCCAUAAAUUAAACAACAAUGUUCAUUAUCCAUUCAUUAAAAGAACUGACUAAUGUGAAAAUAA